GAUCCUCAAAGUGCAAUGGAAGUGUUUGAAACAAUGAAGGAGAAGGAUGUCUCUGCUUGGACUGCUGCUAUAGGAGCAAUGGCUAUGGGAGGAAAUGGGGUACGAGCAGUCGAGCUUUUCUAUGAGAUGCUCAGGCAAGGGGUGAAACCCGAUGAAGUUGUUUUCGUGGGAGUACUUACAGCAUGUAGCCACGCAGGAUUAGUUGAACAAGGAAUGGAUAUAUUUCGGAAUAUGAAGGGAAGUCAUGGAAUCACUCCACAAAUUGUCCAUUACGGGUGUGUGGUUGAUUUGCUUGGUCGAGCUGGUUUAUUGGAUGAAGCUCUUGAUAUCAUAAAGUGCAUGCCAAUGGAGCCUAGUGAUGCCAUAUGGGGGGCUCUUUUAGCUGCCUGCAGAAUACACAAAAACGAAAAGAUGGCAACACAUGUAGUCGAGAUAUUAUCCGAGUCUGCUAAGGAAAAAACUGGAAUUCAAGUCCUCCUAUCGAACAUUUAUGCUUCUGCUGGCAAAUGGAGAGAUGUGGCGAAUGUGAGAAUGCACAUGAAAGAAAAAGGAAUUCAAAAAGUCCCCGGUUCAAGCUCAAUCGAGUUAAAUGGAGUCGUUCACGAAUUCACUUCGGAUGCCGAAUCCCAUCCAGAGAAUGCCUUAACUGACUCAAUGCUACAGGAGAUGAACUGUAGGCUAAGAGAUUCUGGAUAUGUCCCUGAUCUAACAAAUGUUUUGCAGGACAUAGACAAACAAGAGAAAGAAUUCUUGCUGAGCCAACACAGCGAGAAACAAGCCAUUGCCUUCGGGCUGAUCCAUUCAGAUCACAGAACACCUAUACGAGUUGUUAAGAAUCUCCGGAUGUGUUCUGACUGCCACUCUUUCGCUAAAAUGGUUUCCAAAAUAUAUGAUCGAGAAAUUGUUGUUCGGGAUAAUAACCGGUUCCAUUUUUUCCAGCAAGGAUUGUGUUCUUGCCAUGACUAUUGGUAACAGUGUAUACUUGAUGAUGAUGAAUGUAAGUGCAUUUUACUCAUCUCUUAAAAGAGUUGAGGGC